AAUGUCAUCGAAAACUGCACAGUAACUUCAGUUGAAAUGAAUCUCGAGGCCUUAGAUCGCUCCGCAUCUCAAUUUGGCUUCUCAGAAUGGGGCAGUGUCAUACAAACUUUUAUCACUUGUGCCUUCAAUAGCCCAGGCGGAGUGAUCAAUGUUAAUUUGACACAGACCUACGACUAUAUACCACCAACUGUUUCUUGGGCAAGACUAUACACAUAUCUUGGCACAAAUUUUCUUGAUCGAAACAAAAAAACCCGAGCGAGUCUAUGGUGGGGUGAAUCUGCACUCUCAAACUACUAUGUAGCUCUUACAAGAGUAAUGCAAGACAUCAGGGAGAAUACUACAGCGUCAGGCAACGCUGCCAUCAGAAAAGGCACAGUCUACUUUGCUCCGAACAACAACAGCACAAUAAACAUCAAAAAUCUUGAGUUCUUCAACAUCGACUUUCGUUUCAUAAUCGAUUAUGGCUUGGGGAGGUUCGAUGUCAUUACUCCUGGCAAUGGCAAUGAAUCGACUAUUACUGAACUUGAUCAAGCUAAAAAAUACCCUGAUGUGUGGACAAUAGUUGAUAGCUUGGCCAAAUCUGCCUACUCAGUUGUCUUGACAGACUUGGGACAAAUACAAACCAAGUCGAACUUUCUCAGCGAUGUUGAUGACCUGGAAUACUUUACAUCAUCCUUUGCCUCAAUCGGUCAACACUGGGCUAACGCUCAUCCCGGUCCCGAAGCCAAAGUAGAUUACCUCACGGCAAAGAACGAAACGGGCCCUCUAGGAACAACCCCAAGCAUCAUUGCCAAAGCUCAGGACUACGGACGAGCCAUGACUUGGUACAGCCGUAUAGUUGUUUACUGUUCUUGA